AUGACUUUACUCGUCGUUGAGGUUGCCCAAGUCAUCCCCGCCGCUGACUCGUUCCUCAACUCGGCCAACUCGGUCACAAUCCCGUUGACUUUCUUCGAUCUACCAUGGCUAGUUUUCCACCCAGUCAAACGAGUCUUCUUCUACAGACUCACCGAGUCGACUCGUGAGCAUUUCCACUCUUUCAUCCUCCCUAAGCUCAAGCUCUCCCUCUCACUUGUCCUCCGCAACUACAUCCCUCUCUCCAGCCGCAUCACCUGGGACCUCAACGUCCCCAAACCGAGCAUCGUCGUAGCUCAAAACGACGCAGUUUCCAUGACCGUCGCCGAGACCGACUCUGACUUCUCUCGUCUCUCCGGUUAUGGACAGCGUCCGGUAUCAGAACUACACACUCUGAUACCCGAGCUACCGGUUUCCGACGACUCAGCCACCGCUUUCUCUCUGCAAGUCACCUUGUUCCCGAGUCAAGGAUUCUCCAUCGGCUUUGCAGCACACGCACACCACGCCGUUUUGGAUGGAAAAACGGCAAGCAUGUUCGUCAAAGCCUGGGCCCACUCAUGCAAACAACUCCUCGAAAACAAAGCCGUCUCUCUACCGGAGAGUCUAACUCCGUCUCUUGAUCGGUCGACGUUGCUCAAAGAUCUCUCUUGGCUCGACGAGAAGAUGAUCGAGAUCGUGAGAUCUCUCAAACCGGACAAAGCCAACGAGAGACGAAGCCUGACUCCAAUGCCCACCAGAGAACUCGGAGACGACGUCGUCAUCGUCACGGUGGUGCUGUCUCGCGGUGACGUCGAGAGACUCCGGGAGAAAGUCAAGAGUGAGUCGAACCGGCCGCUUCUCCACUUGUCGACUUUCGUCAUCGCUUACGCAUACGCAUGGACCUGCUGCGUGAAGGCGCGUGGAGGAAACAGAGACCGAGCGGUGAGUUUCCUUUUCUUAGGAGAUUUCAGAGAGCGGUUGGAUCCGCCGCUUCCGGCGACCUACUUCGGGAACUGCGUAUUUCCUGCGGUUCGCUACAACCGCAAGGCGGGGGAUUUUGCGGAGGAGAGAGGAUUUGUGACGGCGGUGGAGAUCCUAAGCGGUUUGGUCAACGGUUUGAGUUCACGAAAGAUAGAGACGAUCGCGGAGGAAUUCGCGGGUGGGUUGGGUUGCUUGGGUGAGAGGGCACAGCGCGGGUCGGUAACCGGGUCGACCCGGUUGGGAUUCUACGAGACGGAUUUCGGGUGGGGAAAACCGGUUAAAACUGAUGUUGUAUCCAUUGGUGAAGGUGGGGGAAUCUCAAUGGCAGAGAGACGUGACGAGUCAGGUGGUCUCGAGAUGGGAAUGUGCUUGAAUAAGGCUGAAACGGACCUCGUCCUUUCUAUUUUCAACAAUGGUUUACAAAACUAA